AAAAAGUAUUUGGAAGUGGAACGAGGCAGCCUGACUUCACUUGGAAUCACGGGCGCGGACUCUAAACACAGAGGACACAGCCGAGAAGUCUGCCGCGUCUGAAGAGGGAGCGAGCCUCCAACGUGUAUCGCGCUGAUAAAUAUUUAUUUUCUACUUUACGCAAGACUAAACACUGAGCGCCGGGAAGAAUGCACAAGCGCACCAAGAUAAAUAUUGCCAUUUUUGUGCUGCUGGUGGGCAUGGCCUGCAUGUUCACCGCGGUGGUGACGGACUACUGGGCCGUGCUCAGCCCUCAGGUGAAGAAGGUCAAUGACACCUGCGAAGCGGCUCACUUUGGCCUGUGGAGGCUGUGCAAGAAGCACAUCUACAUCAGCGCUGACAUCUACGAGGAGAAGCAUGGAUGCGGACCCAUCAGCCUGCCAGGAGAUGAAAACUGCACUUACUUCGGCCACUUCACUCCAGGACAGGACACUGAGAUAUUUGAACACAAAACACAGAAAGAGUACAACAUCUCUGCUGCAGCCAUCUCCAUCUUCAGUUUGGCCUUCAUGAUCUUGGGAUGCCUGUGUUUGAUUGGCUCGUGCACCGGCAAAGGCAAAGGACGACUAUACCUUCUCAAGCCUGCUGGAAUGUUCUUUGCAUUUUCAGGUCUGUGUUCGUUCAUCUCCUUGGAAGUGAUGCGUCAGUCGGUCAAACGCAUGAUCGAGAGCGAGGACACCAUCUGGAUCCAGUACUACUACAGCUGGUCCUUCGCUUGUGCCUGCGUCGGUUUCAUCCUUCUCUUUCUCACCGGCAUCGCCCUCCUCAUCCUCUCCAUGCCACAAAUGCCCAGGAACCCAUGGGAGACUUGCAUGGACGCUGAGCCCGAGCAAGCGGAGUGAAGAGAGGAAGGAUUCGGUAUGAAGAGCUGGCCAAAGAGAGAGGGGGUGGCUUGGAAGGACCAUGGCCAUGAUGGGAAAUUUACCUCUCAACCUUUAAACAACUUGAAUGUAGGUCUUUUGUAGGGAUGAUGUUUGAUAAGAAAUUAUCGACUUCGAGCCCAUUAUCGAAUCCUCUUAUCGAACCGAUUCCUUAUUGAUUCUCUUAUCGAAUCCAGAUAGGUUGUUGUAUAUGGGAAAAACACAAUAUUUGGUUUAACAAAAGCUCACUUUUAUUUUAUAAGAAAAAACUAAAAUAAAAUAAAUAAAUAUUGACUGUUACCCCCCUAGAAAAAUCAAAUAAAUAAAUAUUGACUGUUGUUACCCAAAGUAUAAAGUGGGAUUUUUCAGAAAAACAAAUAUAUACAGUAACACAAAAACAACCUGUCUCUGUGAUCACUAUAGGUGUAUAAAUAAUAAUAUAGUGUUAAAUAAAAUCAGUCCCUUGGGCACAAAAUUGAAAAUAAUACAGCUCUCCAAAAAGUGCACUUCUGCUGCUAUUGGAACAUACUAACUACACACACAGGCAGACAGCUAACAAACAAUCCAAGACGUCUAAUAAAGUUCCAAAGCAGAUUAAUCCAUUAAGGCUCUUUAUUGUUGUUGAUCUUGCUUUGUCUUUUCCUAUCUUUACUUUUGUCUUGCACUGGACUGUUAUUUAUUUAUGUUUUUAAACUGAAAUACACACAAUGACAAAUGUAUAAGCUAUGUGAUUCAAUUAACAUACUGAAAUGUAAUACACAAUAUGUAAAUAUUAGCUUCACACAAAUAUACUGUACUAUCAUCAAACAAAUACUUCUGAGUGUCGAAACUAUUUCGAUGGUGGAAAUACACGACUGGCAGCCAUUUUAAGUCCUCAAAACAUCCAUUAAACAGUGCACAAAAAUAGUUUUUCAAUAAACAUCUUACUAUCAAAUGUAACCACUUUCCACCUUAAUAUUGAGUUACAUAAACAAGUUAAACAGUUUACUUACAGACUUAUCUUUUCCAAGGCUUGUAAGAGCUAACACAACUUGUCUACUUCUCAAUUGUCUCAUGAACUUAACUGACGUCGUCAACCCGGAAGUGCCCAAACUAUUGAGGCGUAGUAUUUUCAUAUCGCCACAAGGUGUCAGUAAGAGUCUACAAUCAAAUGGGCUUAAAUAAAUGAUAAAUGGGUUAUACUUGUAUAGCGCUUUUCUACCUUCAAGAUACUCAAAGCGCUUUACAACAUUGCCCAUUUGGGAUUCGUUCCAAGGGAUUCGAAUAAAGAACCAACUCUUUUUCUUUACUAUAGUGGCCUCGAUAACGGGAACCGGUUCUCAAAAAGGGAUUCGAGUCUAUGGAAUCGGUUCUUUUCUUAUCGAACAACCGGGAGAAUCGGUUUCGAACAUCAGCCCUAGUCUUUUGUAUAUGUUUCUGAAAUAUUUACAGUAAAUAAAAAGUGAGAUGUCAUCUCUUAAACCUGUUGAUGAUGGAUACGCCCCUCGUUUACAAGGAAACAGGCUGGAUAUAUAUUGCAAUUGUAAACGCACUGGGUAUGAUAUUAUUAUCAUUGUGCGAUAUAAAGGCAAAGCCCGGAUUGGAAUCUAUUCUUUGCUCAGGUUGCAGUGCAGUUCUACACCAUCCACAAUAACAAACACCUUCUGACUGGCACUACAAAAAAAAAGUUGAGUUAAAAAGACAAACGUUUUGAUACAGUGUUGGUAUUGACUACCUGAUACCUAAUGGAGUGAAUGCAGUCACAUGAAGUUGUGUCUCUUCCCCAAACUACUCAUAUUAACAAACUAUGAUCGUGUGACCGCGGCCAGGUUUGAUGAUAUGCCAUUGUUAAAGUGCAUGCAGUCUGCGGCCUUAUGUAUGAUAUCAUGUACAUAUUUACAGGACUAUUCCUCUUUUCAUUUUCUUUUUGUUUGGAUUACACAAGUAAACACUCAAUUGCGUAAAAAAAAUCAAUAAUACAGUAUUACAGAAACCAAGAUGAAAAUGGGCUCGAUUAUUAAGUGUUAGAUUUGUUAUUGUAAUUAUUUAACAACAAUGACAUAUCUAUUUAUGGGGUGAAUUAAUAUAGCAGCUUGGUGUUUCAAGCAAAUUGUUAUUGAUUGAUUAAUACACAUGUUGUAUCUUCUUAAAUUCAUGGUGACCUAUUAUGAUUUAAAUCUACUUUCAAAACACUUCCUUUUGGUCUAUAUUGAAUGUGUCGGAUAUGCUUUGGUGUAAGUUUUGCAUAAAUUUUGCUCCAAAGUCACUUUUGUAAACAUUUUUUUGAGUCUGUCCGCAUGUUUGUUUGUUUCUGGUGGCGUUCCCAGAUUGCAAAUGAAACCGAGUAAACCGAACAAAAAGUAAUUCAUCUUUUGAAAAUGUACACUAUUUAAAUUUAUAUCUUGAAAUUUUCACAGCUAUUUUUCCCCAGACAUGAUCAAAAGAAAACUUUCCAGGCGAAACUCAGAAAAUUAGAGUAACGUGCAGAGGUUUGUUUAUGCCAGCAAUUAUAUUUACAAGAUGAAACUAAUAUAAGACAUAAGCUCAUAAAGUGCAACUCAAAAUAUUUCAAGACUUCUUUUGAAAUAGAAAAACCUCAAAUUUAAAAUUUCAAAAAAAAUUUUUUUUUAAACUCAACCAUGAUCACCAAAAUUAUAACAAAUAAAAGCUUGACAUAUUUUACAUGUAUGUAAUAAGUUUUUAUUACAUAUUAGUUUCUCAUUUGAAGUUCUAUUACUGAAAUGAAUGGACUUUUGCAUGAUGUUCUAAUUGUGAGUUUCACCCGGUCACAUCAUUAGGUACAUCUGCACACUCUCCGAUUGAUUAAGACUCUGCAUAAGAAAAGGUUUCUGCAGGACUGCUUCUAAAAAGGCCAUAAAAAGUGGUAGAUGUAUCCUGCUUGUUUGAAAACAUAGCAAAACGCCACAGGUGGGAGCAUGUUAACAUGAAUGUGCAAGAAAUAAAAGUGUCUCCGUGGUGAUGCCCCGUAUAGUACAAGCAAAAUCCUCACUUAAAAAGGGCGGUCUGAACCACUUUUAAAUUGCAGUCUUAGUAAAUCACUGUUGACCACGUGGUGUUUCCAUCCAUCCAUCCAUUUUCUACCGCUUGUCCCUUUCGGGGUCGCGGGGGUACUGGAGCCUCUCUCAGCUGCAUUGGAUCUUAGUAAAUCAGGCCUUUAAUGUCUAAAAUAAGUGGUUCCACCUCACGUAGCCAAUUGCAAAAAACUGCUUGAAAAGAGGCAUCUCAAACUGUGUGCAAACUCCCGUCAAAAUGCAUGAACCUUCUUAUGAUUUGAUGCUUUCACGACCAAGAUUGAAUUAAUCAUAGGUCCUCUUUAAGAUACAGCUGCGUGUUGGAUUGUCCUUUAAUUUAGUGAGUUUUUGUUUCUACGGUUAUCAAGUUUGGCGAUGCAUUGUUUUCAUUGGUCAGCGACUGUACGGAAGUGACAGCCACAACAGUUAGAAAGAUUGGCUGUUGAUUUUUUUUGUAUACUUUUUUGGCAGUUUGCCUGGAUUUAAGUGAUAGUGUUUUGUAUUGUCUUUCAAAUAAAGCAUGUGAUUUGACUUUGGAAUGUCCUAUAUUCUGUGUGUGUGACUUUUUAAUGAAAAAUAAAUGUUUGGGAAAAUU